CAAGGAAGCAGCUUGCAGAGUGGAGCGAGUGGGGAAGGCCGGGGGGCAGCUGCUGUUUCCUAUACUACUACGCUGCAGCAGGCAGCGUUAGCAGCAACAAUCACAGCCUGCCUGGGGUAGAAAGGGAGAUAGGCAGGAUGCCAUUGUGGAGAAGUGGCUCCCGGGCCAGGCAGCAAGGCUCAGAAAAAGCUAAUGGACCACCCAGACCCAAGGCCAGGAGCCCCAGUCCCUCCGAGAUGAACGGUAAGCCUUGGGCCAGGCCAAGCUACCAGGACCAAGCUGCAGCUGAACAGGACAAAUGUACAGCGUCCCACCAGGAACCACAACAACAGCACCCUGACAAACUGUGCCUGGACUCCUUCUGGAGUGAGGUGGAGACCAUACGCAGCCAAGAUAGCGGUUAUAUUGACCUUGACACUGACAGCGCCAGUCGAGACUCCAGACACUCUGAAGAGGGAGAGCAAGAGGAGCAGUGGCUCCAGGAUGCAGGUCUGUCUACUCUGAUAAGACAGCAGCAGCAGAGACCAGACAGAGACAGAGACCGGGAACAGGACAGAGAAGACCAGGAUGUUGACCAGGCCAUCCUACUGUCCACUCUGACCCGUACGCAGGCCGCAGCCGUCCAGAGGAGGCUUGAUUCCUACACCCUGUCCCUGAGGAAGAGGAGCAAACCCCCGCCGCGCGACGUCAGGGACGUCUUUAGCUCAUCACCCUCCUCCAUCGCUCAGACGCCUCUACCAGAGUCUCAAGACCCUGAGCCUAUAGAACCUAGCGCAUCUAUAUCAUCUAUACCAGAGGACAGCAUGGAGACUAUCACCAAGACCCUACGACAAGAGGUCAGCUUGGAGCAGCAGCAUGGAGGAGAUCCUAAAGAGGAUGUCUUCAUCACAGACGUGGCGUACUGUGAACAGGCGGCCAUCUUGUUGAAACAGGCCAUGCUGCCACAGAUACAGAACAACGGCCGGAAGAGGAAGGAGGACGGCACACUGCCUAGGAUGACCUGCCCUCAGUGUCGUCUGGGUGUGACUCGUAUCCAUGACCUGUCCAAUCAGGACAUGAAGAAAGUUCGUCAGCUGGCCCUCAUCGAAAUGACAGCGCUCUGCGACCUGCUGGAGCUCGAUGUGAAGAGACACAAAACCUGCAAGAGGAAGAUACUAGAGAGCGCCCUGUAUGGGGUCCCCUUGGCCAUGCUGUUGGAGAAUGAUCAGAAAAUCAAUCCCACUGCCACCACUCCUCUCAUCCUGCAGGCGCUGCUCUCUUUCCUGGAGAAGAGCGGAGUAGACUCAGAAGGCAUCCUGCGGGUUCCAGGCUCUCAGUCCAGAAUCAAGAAAUUGCAGCAGGAUCUGGAGCAGAACUUCUACAGUGGAGGAUUCAGUUGGGAAGAGGUCAGCCCCAACGAUGCUGCAGCGCUAGUGAAGAAGUUUAUUCGAGAGCUGCCUUCUCCACUGCUCACCACAGAGCACCUCAACGCGUUCAGCGCUGUCAGGGACAUCCCUGAGCUGAAACAGAAGCUACAUGUUCUGAACCUUCUCAUUCUUCUUCUGCCUGAACCCAACAGAAACACACUAAAGGCUCUGUUGGAGUUCCUGAGUAAGGUGGUGUCCAGAGAGAGGAGGAACCGUAUGAACCUGUGGGCCGUGUCCACCAUCAUGGCCCCUAACCUGUUCCUCCACAAAGCCGUGCCCUCCCGCCUCACUGACGGGGGGCCAGGGGUGGAGAAGGGACAGGCCGAGAAGGCUGCUGACAUCAUGAGGCUCCUCAUACGCUACCAGGACUUGCUCUGGACCAUCCCGAACUUCUUGAUGAGCCAGGUGCGAAAACUGAAUGAGAACCGUAACCGGAGGUACCAGUUCUACGACCGACGCAUCAAGAACCUGCUGAGGAAAAUACACCAAGACAGCAAGGACAAACCUGACAAGAACUCAUCAGAGCCGUGUCGUACAGUGAAGAUCCAGGUGGGAGAUCUGAUGAGCAGCACCAUGGAGGUGCAGGUUAACAUCAGCUCUAGGGCUUCAGACCUGCUGGUUCAGUUCCACAGGCACCUCUGCAGCUCCGACAACACCAAGAGGAACGGUUCGGUAUCCCACCCAGACUGUGCCAUCUAUGAAGUGGGAGGAAAUAUCGGUGAACACUGCCUAGACCCAGAGACCCAUCUCCUGGACCUGUACAACACCAACCCCAGUGGGGAAUGGGUCAUCAAACUGAAACCACUGGUCACCACCAGGGGGCUGCACCAAUAAGAGACCGCCGCAGGCAAAGGGAGAGACCAGUAGGGAUCUUCAAGAGCCAGCCAGAGGAGGAGAGAGACCAGGAGGAGGAAGUUGCUGCUGCUGUUGAAAAACAAACCACCUCAAGAUUGAGCCCUCUCUCCCCCUUUCUUCUGCUCAAUGCAGGGGAGACCAGACUAGGAGGUGCAAAGCAGAGAGAGACAGAGAGGGGGAGCUACUGCUCAAAAACACUCCACCUCCACACCUUCAGAUGGAAGAGAGGCUGAGGCUGCUUCUUGGCUUGUCAGCUCUCAGCCAAUCACCUCCCAGCAUCCGCAGGAACCCAGAUGUGGAUCUGAUGCCCCGCUGCUUACAACAGCAGCCACAGAGUCUCUCUCACUCCCUCUCUCUCACUCUCUCUUUCUUUUUGCUAGCUCUCCAUUCCUUCUUCUCAGACAUUUGAUCACAAAAGGAAUGGGAGUGGAACAUGUACAGUAUAUCUGUUUUCCUUUUUUGUCUCUUUCACAGGGGGACAGUCAGAGAUUCUAAUGAGCUGAUAGCCCCAUGUCCUGUCCCUUCUGUAUGACGUUGGCUCUGUUCUUUCUGGGGCCUUUGGGCCCUGUCCCUGUAGACUCUCAAUAAGAGCCCUAAUCAGAGCAGAGGACAGAGAUCCUUCAUCUCUUUUAAGGGGUCAAAGGUCAGCCUUUAAGACAUUACUACUGGACCUCUAAAGGGAACCGUUGUUUAAUAACAGAGAGUGAAGCUGGACUUCGUUUCUGUUUUCUCAUUUUUGUUUUUGAUGAAUGAAGGAUUUUAAGUAUUGAAUCUGGCGAUGGAUUGAUUGACUAUUUAUAAUUGAUUGGAUGUGUCUAUCUGUAUGUAUGUGUAUGUAGUCAUGAAUGUUGUCCUUUGAAAUGAAUAGGUAUGUUUGUUGCUGAAAUAGUUAGUAACAUAAGUCAUGUGAGCUCAUCCAGUCUUUUUGGGGGCUUUUUACAGUGUUAUUGCUCUUAUACAGUACCUUGGUUGAUGAGUUGUAUUUUGAUGCACUUCUGCAUCCCUCUUUUUCUAUUUCUAUUACCCAUUUGUCAUCCGUUCCUCUUUAAAAUACAUGUCAUACAGUUCCAGUCAAAAGUUUGGACAUGCCUACUCAAGUGUUAAACAAAUCAAAAUAUAUUUUAUAUUUGAGAUUCUUCAGACUGUUGGAAAAACAUUCCAGGUGAAGCUGGUUGAGAGAAUGCCAAAAGUGUGCAAAGCUGUUAUCAAGGCAAAGGGUGGCUACUUUGAAGAAUCUCAAAUAUGAAAUAUAUUUGUAUUUGUUUAAUACUUUUUCUGGUUACCACAUGAUUCCAUAUGUGUUAUUUCAUAGUUCUGAUGUCUUCGCUAUUAUUCUACAAUGUAGGAAAAGGUCAAAAAUAAAGAAAAACCCUUGAAUGAGUAGGUGUCCAAACUUUUGACUGGUACUGUAUAUGAAAUCUAUUAAUAGUGUUUACACAUUUGUGAUGAUGCUCAGAUGUUAGAGACAGUAUGCAACACCAUCAUUGGAGGCUGUUGUGGGAAGGACGACUCAUACUAUUAGCAGGAAUGGAGCUAAUGCAAUGAUAUCAAACAAAUGGAACCCAUGUGUUUGAUGUAUUUGAUACCAUUCCAUUUAUUCCUAUCCAGCCACGAGCCUGUCCUAAGGUGCCACCAACCUCCUGUGACCACCAUGUACAUUAUUUUCCACAACAUGACAACCUACCAUGAAUUUACAGUGGGGUCUGAAAUGAUUGACACCCUUGAUAAAGAUGAGCAUAAAUGACUGUAUUAAAUAAAUGAUUCAAAUACUGAGCUAUAUUGUAUACUAAAAAAAUAGGAAAUUAUAUUAUUUUAUUCUAAUUGAAUUGUUCAGAGAACGAGAUUUUGUGUAACAAAUAAUAUUAUAACCAUUUAUUUGUGGAUUUUGAUGUGUGCUUGAGGUUAUUCUCUUGCUGGACGAUCCACUUCCUGCCAAGUUUCAGCCUCCUAGCAGAGGCAACCAAGUUUGGGCUAAAAUGUCCUGGUAUUCGGUAAAGUCCAUUAUUACGUUGACCUUAACAAGGGCCUCCGGACCAGUGGAAGCAAAUAACCCCAUAACAUCAAAGAUCCACCACCAUAUUUUACAGUAGCUACAGUGCCUUCGGAAAGUAUUCAACUCCCUUGACUGUUUCCACAUUUUGUUGAGUUACAAAGUGGAAUUAAAUCAUCUACACAAAAUACUCUGUAAUGUCAAAGUGGAAGAAAAAUUCUAACAUUAUUUCUAAAAUAUAUGAAAAAUAAAACUAAUAUGUCUUUAUCAGAUAAUUAUUCAACCCCCUGAGUUAGAAACACCUUUAGCAGCAAUUACAGAUGUGAGUAUUUCUGGGUAAUUACACAUGUGUAAGAGCUUUGCACACCUGGAUUGUACAACAUUUGCCCAUCAUUCUUUAAAAAAUUAUUCAACCUCUGUCAAGUUGGUUGUUGAUCAUUGCCAGAUAACCAUUUUCAUGUCUAGCCAUAGAUUUUCAAAUAAAUAUAAAUCGAAACUGAAGCAUGGCCACUCAGGAACAUUCAAUGUCAUCUUAGUAAGCAACCAAACUGUAGAUUUGGCCUUGUCAUUUGUCUCCCAGUGUCUAUUGGAAAGCAGACUGAACCAAGUUUUCCUUUAGGAUUUUACCUUUACCUAUUCCAUUUAUUUUUAUCCCAAAAAUAAUGAUCUUGUCCAUGCCGAUGACAAGCAUACCCAUAACAUGAUGCAGCCACCACUAAUGCUUGAAAAUAUGAGUGGUAUUCAGUGAUGUGUUGUCUUGGAUUUGACCCAAACAUAAUGCUCAGUAUUCAGGACAAAAUGUUAAUUUCUUUACCACAUUUUGUGCAGUAUGACUUUAGUGCCUUUUUGCAAGCAGGAUGCAUGUUUUGGAAUAUUUUCAUUCGGUACAGGCUUCCUUCUUUUCACUUUGUAAUUUAGGUUAGUAUUGUGGAGUAACUACAAAGUUGUCAAACCAUCCAUAUUUUAAAAUUACUAUUGGCCUCAUUAUGAAAGCAGUUUACUUCCUCUCUGGCAACUGAGUUAGGAAGGACGUCUGUAUCUUUGUAGUGAAUGGGUGUAUUGAUACAUUAUUCAAAGCCCAAUUAAUAACGCCAUACUAAAAGGAAUAUUCCGUUUUUUAAAUUAUUUUUUUAUUUACCCAUUUAUCAAUCGGUGCCCUUCUUUGCGAGGCAUUGGACAACCUCCCAGGUAUUUUGGUCAGCCCCAAGCAAAAUGUUUACCAAUCUAAAAAUUGUUAGCUGACAUUGCUAAUUGAUCAACUGUCAGUGACUGAUAAAACAAGAAAGAAACUGCUGAUGCACAACCAAAUUUCGAACUUACACCUUGUGCAUUCUACUAUUCUAACUCUCAACAGAAUAUAUUUAUUAUUUUUGGGUUGAGGCCCCCUCAGCGGUCGGGGCCCUAAGCGCCCGUUUAUGUCGCUUAUGCCUGGAGCUGGCCCUGGUCUUUCUGGGGAGAUUCUCUACUCACUGAGGGACCUUACAGAUAUUUGUAUGUGUGGGGUACAGAGAUGAGGUAGUCAUUCAUAAAUCAUGCACACAGAUUAGAGUCCAUGCAACUUAUGUGAUUUCUUUUUAAAAGCAAGUUUGUCCUCCUGAACUUAUUUAGGCUCGCCAUAACAAAGGGGUUGACUACUUACUGACUCAAGACAUUUCAGCUUUUCCUUUUUCUAUUAAUUUGUGAAGAUGAUAUUCUUAAAACCCAAUUCCACUGACAUUAUAGGUUACUGUGUGUUGAGUGACAAAUUGUGAAUCUCAAUUGAAUCAAAUUUUAAGUUCAGGCUGUAACACAAUAAAAUGGUGAAAAAGUC